AUGUCCCCUGCCCAUCGCGAAGCUCCAAUCGCUGGCCACACCAACAUCAACAUUGAUUCGAGCUCGAGUUCGGGGCUUGGCUACACGGACGAGAUCAAACAAGAGAGGCAACACGAUCAGAAAGUCCUCGACCUUGUCCGAAAGUUCACAUCCCAGGCAGAACAACAUCACCUUGGAUCACCAUUUGAGGCUGUCGAGAGUAGCCGAUUAAACCCUAAGAGCGACCGGUUUCGAGCGAGAGACUGGGCUAAGGCGUUCCACGACUUGCGCUACAGCAGCCAUGAAGCCAUUCCUCGCAUUGCUGGUGUUGCCUUCAGAGACCUCAAUGUUUGGGGCAAAGGAUCACCGACAGAUUUUCAGUCGACCGUAGGUAACAAUAUUUUAAAGCUACCGUCAUUGUUCGGAUGUCGUACUCAGAAAAUCGAGAUUCUGCAAAAUCUAGACGGAUUGCUACUUCCUGGAGAGCAGCUAUGCGUUCUAGGCCCACCGGGUUCCGGUUGCUCUACGCUGCUGAAGACGAUUGCUGGCGAGACCCAUGGCUUUCAAGUCAGCCCAGAGUCAUACCUAAACUAUCAGGGUAUUCCGGCUAAGAAGAUGAACACCGAGUUUAGGGGCGAAGCCAUCUACACAGCGGAGGUAGACGCGCAUUUCCCUCAACUGAGCGUUGGGGACACGCUGUAUUUCGCCGCUUUGGCUCGUGCUCCUCGUCUGAUACCUGGUGGUGUUAGUCGAAUACGCUACGCCGAACACCUCCGUGAUGUCAUCAUGGCGAUGUUCGGUGUGAGCCACACCGUGAACACGAAAGUGGGUAACGAUUUUGUUCGAGGUGUCAGUGGAGGCGAACGCAAGAGAGUGACGAUUGCCGAAGCUGCGCUGAGCUUUGCUCCGUUGCAAUGCUGGGAUAACUCCACGCGUGGCCUCGACUCAGCAAACGCGGUCGAGUUUUGCAAGACAUUGCGUACACAAUGCGAUGUGUUUGGCGCGUCUACAUGUGUUGCUAUCUACCAAGCGCCACAAGCUGCUUACAAGGUCUUCGACAAGGUAACUGUCCUGUAUGAGGGCCGACAGAUCUUCUUUGGUCCUGCGAACGACGCACGCAGCUAUUUCGAGCGUCUUGGUUUCGAGUGUCCUGCGUCACAAACCACUCCGGACUUUCUAACUUCGAUGACCUCGCCAUCCGAACGCCGGAUCAAAGCUGGCUACGAAAACACAACACCACGGACUUCGGACGACUUUGCUCGGUGCUGGAAGGAGAGCCCCGAAAGGCAAAGACUGCUCCGAAAUAUCGAGCAGUACAACCAGGAUCAUCCACUCAGUGGAGACGACCUUGAAAAAUUCGCUGAAGCAAGAACACGCGAGAAGUCCCAAAAGCAACGACAGAAAUCGCCAUACACUCUAUCAUAUUGGAGACAGAUCAGACUUUGCAUGUGGCGCGACGUUCAGAUGAUCAAGAACGACCCCUCCGUACCAUUGGCCAUGUUAACGAUCAACUCCUUCGAGGCCAUCAUCAUUGCCAGCAUAUUCUACAAUCUGAGAGAAACAACAGAAUCGUUUUUUAUGCGUGGCGGUAUUCUCUUCAUGAUGGUCCUCCUCAACGCAUUUGGUAGCAUGUUAGAAAUCUUUACUCUUUAUGCGAAACGAACGAUUGUUGAAAAGCACAACCGAUACGCCCUGUACCACCCAAGUGCCGAAGCACUCUCCGCGAUGAUAGUGGAUUUGCCCUACAAGAUCACGAACUCGCUUAUUGUCAACUCUACACUCUAUUUCAUGGCGAAUUUACGCCGCGAACCAGGCCCCUUUUUUUUCUUCUUGCUUGUUGCCUUUACUAUGACACUAUCGAUGAGCAUGUUUUUCCGUCUUUUUGGCUCGAUGACGAAGACCAUCGCACAAGCUCUAGCUCCAAGUUCGAUUAUCCUCAUAUUGCUCGUUAUGUAUACCGGAUUUGCUAUUCCUGUUCAGUAUAUGAGAGGAUGGGCGAGCUGGCUUCGUUGGCUCAACCCGAUUUCCUACGGAUUCGAAAGCGUGAUGGUCAAUGAGUUCCACGGACGUCGAUUUGAAUGCUCGGCAUUUGUUCCAAGCGGUCCGUCCUACGAGAACAUUGCCGCAGAUCAAAGAGCAUGCGCUGUCCAGGGCUCUCAGCCCGGUGAUGGCUUCGUCGGUGGUACCGCAUUUGUUGAGACUGCAUUUCGGUACCAGUACGGGAACCGAUGGCGUAACUACGGAAUAAUCGUUAUGUUUACAUUCGCCCUACUUGUCGCUCAUCUCGUGAUGAGUGAGCUUGUCGCCUCGGAGCGCUCGAAGGGCGAAGUUCUUGUCUUCCGACGAUCCAGCAUGGAGACAAAGAGAAAGCGAGACACCGGAGAUGAAGAGGCCGGUAGCGCGUCUGCUCACGAUGGUGAGAAGGUUAGCAACAGCGAUCGCUCAGAGCACAACGUAGAAAAGCAGGUAUCGGUCUUUCAUUGGGAGAAGGUGAACUACGAAAUCCAGAUCAAGGGCGAGACUCGUACAAUCCUAAACUCUGUCGAUGGCUGGAUCAAGCCAGGGACUCUGACAGCACUCAUGGGCGUGUCAGGCGCAGGCAAAACCACAUUGCUCGACGUUCUUGCUAGUCGAACCACUAUGGGUGUGAUCUCCGGAAACAUGCUAGUAGACGGACGAGAGCGGGAUGAGUCUUUCCAAAGAAGGACUGGCUACGUUAUGCAGCAAGACAUCCAUUUGGAGACUGCCACGGUACGAGAGGCACUUGAAUUCUCGGCUCUUCUGCGACAGCCACCGGAAUACAAGCGCGAGGAGAGACUUUCAUAUGUCAACCAUGUCAUCGGGUUGUUGGACAUGGAACAGUACGCAGACGCUGUUGUUGGUGUGCCUGGAUCAGGUCUGAACGUGGAGCAACGCAAGCGCCUGACCAUCGGCGUCGAGCUUGCCGCCCGUCCUAAGCUUCUUCUGUUCCUUGAUGAACCGACAUCUGGUCUCGACAGUCAAACCUCUUGGUCCAUUUGCGACUUGAUGGAAAAGCUUACCCGCAACGGUCAGGCUAUCUUGUGCACGGUCCAUCAGCCAUCAUCACUACUCUUCCAACGCUUUGAUCGACUGCUACUUCUUGCUAAAGGCGGUCGUACUGUCUACUUUGGUAGCAUCGGUCGCAACUCCAAGGUACUCCUAGACUACUUCGCUCGUAAUGGUGCACCGGAAUGCCCUGCCGGCACCAACCCUGCCGAGUAUAUGCUUAAGGCGAUAGGUGCGGCUCCCGGGGCUCAGACAGCUGUCGACUGGCCUGCAGUCUGGAAAGAGAGCAAAGAGUACACCGACGUGCAAACAGAGCUUGCCAAACUACGAGACCUCGCCAGACAACCCUCCGCUACUAUGGACUCCUCCGAUGGAAGCCAUCAAGCAUUCGCAGCAUCCUUCAUGACCCAGCUACGAGCAGUCGCUCUCCGCUGCGCCCAACAGUAUUGGAGGACACCGUCUUAUAUCUACUCAAAAGCAAUCCUCACCGUCGGUUGUUCUCUCCUGAUUGGCUUCUCUUUCUUCAAAGGUGACAAUACUAUCCAAGGACUUCAAAACCAGAUGUUUGGCGUCUUCAUCUUCCUCUUCGUCCUCAUCCAGCUAUUGUUCCAGAUCAUGCCUAUGUUCGUUAGUCAAAGGACGCUUUACGAGGCCCGCGAACGACAGUCAAAGACCUAUGCCUGGCAAACGUUUGUACUCUCUAAUAUUACGGUAGAGAUGGCUUGGAACGCUUUCAUGUCCGUUUUCUGCUUUCUUGUCUGGUACUAUCCAGUUGGCCUCUACCGCAACGCCGAAUGGACCGACUCCGUAAACAUCCGUGCUUUCCACACACUCCUGAUUAUCGUUGCUGCGUUCCUCUUCGCAAGUUCGCUGGCACAUAUGAUUAUUGCAGGCUUACCAAAUGAAGAGAUUGCAGGCGCUGUCGCAACGCUGGUCUCCAUCAUGUUGUACGCUUUCUGUGGUAUCCUAACAGGACCGAGCGCCUUACCGCGGUUCUGGAUCUUUAUGUAUCGGGUGAAUCCAUUUACAUAUCUUGUCUCGAGCUUCAUGUCAUCAACACUGGGCCAAGCGCCAGUCUCUUGCGACGACACCGAGUUCCAGUCCUUCUUCUCACCAGCGGACCAGAGCUGUGAGGAGUAUAUGCGAGACUACAUGUCAACAGCGGGUGGUUUUCUUCGCGAUCCACAGGCUACCGGCCAGUGUAAUUAUUGCCAGAUGGACAGUACCAACCAAUUUCUAGAGCGUAUAAGUAUUGACUGGGCUACCCGCUGGAGAGACUUUGGUCUGCUGUGGGUAUAUAUCGCGUUCAAUGUUGCGGCUGCGGUGUUUCUUUACUGGCUUUGCCGCGUGCCGAAGGGGAAGAAGGCGUAG